CAUGUGGUUUCAGUCACAAGAUUCAAGAGAAAGAGAAGAUGAACUGAGGAUUGUGCUGCUGGGAAAAACUGGAGUUGGGAAAAGUUCAACUGGAAACACCAUCUUAGGAAGAAAAGUGUUUUUAUCAGACAUUUCUGAAAAAUCUGUUACUAAAGAGUGUCAGAAAGAGACAGCUGAAAUCAGCGGCAGACACAUUACUGUGAUCGACACUCCAGGACUGUUUGAUACUGAACUCAGUAAUGAAGAAAUCCAGAGAGAAAUCAGCAACAGCAUCUCCAUGAUCCUGCCUGGACCACAUGUGUUCAUCAUCGUGCUCAAUUUAGGACAACGAUUCACUAAAGAAGAGGCAACAGCUGUGGAGAUCAUCCAGGAGACGUUUGGUGAAAACUCAUUAAUGUUCACCAUGGUGCUCUUCACCAGAGGAGAUGAUCUGAAUGGCAAAACCAUAGAACAGUAUCUGGGAGAACCUGGAUCUGCCCUUAAAAACCUGACUGAAGCAUGUGGAAACAGAUACCAUGUGUUCAAUAAUAAAGAGACUGGAGAUCGAACACAGGUGACUGAUCUACUGCAGAAGAUAGACAACAUGGUGAAAGAGAACGGAGGGAGUUACUACUCAUGUAAGAUCUUCAGAGAGAAGGAGAGAGAAUUACAAGAACAACAGAUGAAGAUCCUGAUGGAGAAAGUGGAGCAAGUGGUCAGAGAAAGAGAAGAACUGAUGAACAAACAUAAAGAAGAGAAAAAGAAGAUGAAGAUGAAGAUCGAGGAAGAAAGACAGAAUCAUGAGAAAGAGAGAAAGAGAAGAGAAGAUGAAUUUAUUGAGAAAGAAGGACAAUAUAAAAGAGACAUUCUAGAGAGAGAGGAACAAGAGAGAAAGAUACGAGAGGAGCUGAAGAGAGAACGAGAGGAAUGGGAGAAACAGAAACAACAGGAAAGACAAAGAAGAGAAGAAGAGGAGGAGAAAUGGAGAAAGAAAGAACAGGAAAAGUGGGAUGAAUAUAAUCAGAGACUUAAAGAAGAGAGAAAGAGAAUGGAAAGAGAGAAGGAAGAUGUCCAAUACAAACAUGAAAAAGAGAAAAAGCAAAUGAAGAUGAUGAAAACAGACAUUAAAAGCAUAGACGAACAAGAGAGAAAGAUAAGAGAGGAGAUGAAGAGUGAACGAGAGGAAUGGGAGAAACAGAAACAGGAACGAGAAAGAGAAAGAGAAGAAGAAAGACAUAUAUUCAAUGAACUUUACACAGAAAGUUCUGAGGAUGAAGAAGAUUCAUCAUCAGAGUCAGGAUGUUUGAGAAUCUUGCUGUUUGGGAGGACAGGAAGUGGAAAGUCUGCAACAGGAAACAAUAUCCUUGGAAACGUUGAGUUGCACAGGGAAGCCAGUUCACAGUCGGUGACCACUGUUUGUCAGAAGAGAGUUGGUGAAGUUGAUGGUCAAUCAGUAGCUGUUAUUGAUACUCCAGGACUCUUUGACCCCUCACUGACAAAUGAACAAGUGCAGGAAGAAAUAAUGAAGUGUGUUUCACUGUCAGCACCUGGACCACAUGCGUUCAUCAUUGUGCUGAGCGUGGAAAAAAUCACUCCAGAAGAGAAAGACACUUUAGACAUGAUCAAGAUGAUCUUUGGCUCAAAAGCAGCAGAUUUCUGCAUUGUUCUCUUCACUAGAGGAGAUGAUCUGAGAGGACAAACAAUGGAGCAAUAUGUAGAGAAAAGUAAAGAUACUGAACUCAAGACACUGACCAGUGAAUGUGGAAACAGAUUCCUGGCUUUUAACAACACAGAGACACAAGAUCAGACACAAGUUACUCAGCUGUUGAAUAUGAUAGAAGAAAUGAAUCAGGGCCGAUACUUCACUAAUGAGAUGUUUGAAGAGGCAGCGAUCUCCAUUGAACAUAUAAGGGAAAUAAUAAAAGAAAAUGAAAGACAAAAUCAGUCUCAAGUUGAAGAAUUAAAAGUCAAAUAUGACAUGGAAUUUGAAAGCAUGAAAAAGAGACUGGAGGAGAAAAAACAAAAGAUACAUGAGGAAAAACAGAGGCUGCAGAACAAGUUCAGUGAACAAGAGGAACGACUCAGGAGAGAGUUUGAGGAGAAAGAAAAAUCUGAUCAGGAGAAACGAGAGACGGAGGAUCAGAAACAAUCAGAAGAAGAGAAACAGCAAAGAGCUGAAUAUGAUCAAAGAAUAGAGAAGAUGAAGAGAGAGAUUGAAGAUCUGAGAAUACAGUAUGAAAAACAGCAAAAAGAAAGGGAAGAAGAAGAUGAUAGAACGAGAGAUGAAAAAUAUAAACAAAGCCAAGAAAAGAUGAAAAAUUAUCAUGAACAUGGCAUGACAGAAGAGAGAAAACAAAAAGAGAGAGAAUACGAAGAAAAGAUAAAGGAAAUGAAAAGAUUUUAUGAGCAGCUGGAGGGAGAGAGAAAAGAGGAGAGGAAGAGAAUAAAACAAGAGGAUGAAGAGAGACGAGUGGAGAAGAGAUGGGAGAAAAUGAUGGAAGAUCUGAAACGAGAGCAAGAGGAGGAGAUCAAGAGAAGAGAAAGAGAGGAGACAGAAAGAAUAGACAGAGAAGAAAAAGAGUGUGAUGAAAUGAAACAGAAUCUUGAAGAGGAAAUAGAGAAGAUGGAGAAGAAACAUGAAGAUGAAGCCAGAGAACAAAGAGAAGAACUGAAUGAUUUCAGAAAGAGAAAAGAGCAGCACGUUCAGGAGCUCAAGGAGAGACUUGAAGAGUUUCAAAAACAACUGAAUAAAGUGAAAAGGUUAAGAAUGGACCUAGAAGAUAAAUGGACAUGUCAUGUCAUGUGAAACAUUAUUGAUCAGUAGUGAAUUUGUAGUGAAUUUGAAGGGUUUUUCUGUAUUUCUCUUUCUUUCUUCGUAUAAUCAGGGUUAUUCCCACAUGCUUCUGAAGGCUCACUGUCAUACAGAGUUUAAUCACUUACUGUACAUACAGUACCUGUCAGUUAUUAAGAGAUCAUGCAGACCUUGAUGAGGGGGUUUGAUUAGAGUUAAAGUUCUGCAGGAGCAGAUUUGAAUACAUCUGAACUAAAACGAUCAU